ACUUGGCUUUAUUUUAACAGUCACGAAAUAUCUCAACAUUUGACAGUUGGAAUUUAUUAAAACAACUGCGUUAGAAAUAUACAAUAACAACUUAAAUAAAAGAAAAAAUCAGAAAGAUGAAAUUCAGUAUCCUUUGCGCGUUCGUUGUACUUUUGGUUGCACUUGCCGCGACAGCCGCUCCAGUCGAGAAACAGGUGGAAAUUGUACGCCAGGAGGCCGAUGUGGCCCCAGAAAGCUACAAAUUCGGCUUCGAGACAAGCGAUGGCACACAACACGACGAGGAAGGUCAGCUGAAAAAUGUUGGAACCGACGAUGAGGCAAUCGCCGUGAAGGGUUCCUACAAAUAUGUGGGCGAUGACGGCGUCACCUAUCACGUGAGCUACACAGCCGAUGAGAAUGGCUUCCAGCCGGUGGGCGAUCAUUUGCCGAAAGCAUAAGUGCAAAAUAUCGAUUGAGUGUGCAUUUAUUCGUAUUUAAAUGAGCAACAUUGCAGAAGCACCGUUGUUAGAAUGCAAAAUUUAUUUGUUUUAAGGAUAAUAAUAAUUUGUUACU